AUCUCAUACUUUGACUCUUCAUUUUGCAGUAAUUCUCCCACUAACACCCAACAAAUAUAAUAAUUUUACUGGACGCAAUGAUUUCUCAUCCAGUCCCAGCAUAUUCCACUGUUUAUCUCACUGAUGCCCAAAUUAAAUUCUUUAUAACACAAGAACAUAUCAUCAACAAACAUAAACAGAACGACCCAAAUGGAUCGUUCUGCAUUUUGGUUAUGCAUAACCAGUUUCUUGAUUAUACAGAUUGAACUCACCACUACAACUCACAUACCAACUACUCUCGAAGGCCCAUUCAAGCCACUAACUAAAAAGUUUGACUCUUCAUUACGUAGAGGCAGUGAUGAUUUGCCCAUGGAUCAUCCUCGUCUUCGCAAGAAUACCACCGGACAUUUUCCUGAGCAGCUAGCUCUUGCUAUAGCUUCUCCCACUUCCAUGUUCAUUUCUUGGGUUACUGGAGAUGCACAGAUUGGUUCCGGUGUGAUUCCUCUGGAUCCUGCUACUGUGGCUAGUGAGGUUUGGUAUGGGAAAAGAAGUGGAAAAUAUAGUAGCAAAAAGAAUGGGAAUUCUACUGUUUAUAGUCAGUUGUACCCUUUUAAGGGGCUUUUGAAUUAUACGUCUGGGAUCAUUCAUCAUGUCAGGAUUGAUGGUCUUGAACCUGGGACAAAAUACUUUUACAAGUGUGGGGAUAGUUCUAUCCCAGCUAUGAGUAAAGAGUAUUUCUUUGAAACUUUACCAUCGCCUGGCACGGAUGCAUAUCCGCAUCGAAUUGCUGUUCUCGGAGAUUUGGGUCUAACAAGUAAUUCAUCAACAACCGUAGACCAUCUGACCGUGAAUGAUCCUUCGUUGAUCUUAAUGGUUGGAGACUUAACUUAUGCAAAUCAGUAUCGUACUACUGGCGGAAAAGGAGCUCCAUGCUUCUCAUGUGCAUUCCCUAAUGCACCUAUUCGAGAGAGCUAUCAACCUCGCUGGGAUGGAUGGAGAAGGUUCAUGGAGCCACUAAUAUCAAGAGUUCCUAUGAUGGUCAUUGAAGGGAACCAUGAGAUUGAACCUCAAGUUUCUGGUGGAACUUUUAAAUCAUAUUUGACUAGAUUCGCCACUCCAUCAGUGGAGUCUGGCUCUAACACUAACUUCUACUACUCGUUUGAUGCCGGUGGCAUACAUUUUAUCAUGUUGGGAGCAUACGUUGACUACAAUAGUACCGGUUCUCAGUAUGCUUGGUUAAAGGAAGAUCUACGUAAAGUAGAUCGCGCUAAGACCCCUUGGCUUGUAGCUGCUUGGCAUCCACCUUGGUACAAUAGCUAUGCCUCACACUAUCAGGAAUUUGAAUGCAUGAGGCAGGAAAUGGAAGCACUUCUGUAUCGAAAUCGCGUUGACAUUGUUUUCUCAGGUCAUGUACACGCGUAUGAGCGGAUGAAUAGAGUGUACAAUUACACAUUGGACUCGUGCGGUCCUGUUUACAUAACAGUUGGAGAUGGCGGAAACAUCGAGCAAGUUGAUGUAGAUCACGCAGACGACCAUGGCAAAUGCCCUUCGGCAGGAGACAACAGACCAGAAAUUGGCGGUAUAUGCCGAGUUAAUUUUUCUUCUGGCCCGGCAAAGGGUAAGUUCUGUUGGGACAGACAACCAGAAUGGAGUGCAUUCAGAGAAAGCAGCUUCGGGCACGGAAUACUCGAGGUUGUGAAUUCUACAUAUGCAUUAUGGACUUGGCACAGGAAUCAGGAUACUUAUAAAUCUGAUAGUCAUGGUGAUCAAAUAUACAUCGUACGGCAGCCUGAAUUGUGCCUUCAAUCAUCAACUUCUAAAAUUGUGCAGAAAUGACCUGAAAUAAAUUGCUGAUAUGGAAUUACUAAUAUAAAGACUUUCAAUUAUGUUACGUAAUUUAGAUGCUCACUGUCACAUUAAUUUCUGUUGAGUUAUUCUGCAUGCAACAAACUACUUCUGUUUUAGGAAAUGAUCCUUGAUUUAAAAAAUUAAAACAUUGAUUUUUAAGUAUUAAA